AUGACUCCAGGUGUUGCUAACAAAUCCGAGCAAAUGCUUGAUUCAAUCCAAACGGAAACGUUUGACAAACUAGUGAUCAAAGACGCCAAUAAUAACCAGACCUCCCGGGAGGAGACGGUCGAAAAGUUGGCCAAACUUUACAGAGAAAUACUGGUAACCAUUGGCGAGGACCCUGAGAGGGAGGGCAUACUGAAGACACCGCACCGGGCGGCCAAUGCGCUGUUAUAUUUCACGCACGGCUAUGACGUCAAGUUGGAUGAGGUCAUGAACGGCGCCAUCUUUGACGAAGAUCACGAUGAGAUGGUUAUCGUGAAAGACAUUGAGUUCUUCUCGAUGUGCGAACACCAUUUGGUGCCCAUCUAUGGUCACGUGUCUAUCGGCUACUUGCCUAACAAACAGGUGCUGGGACUCAGCAAACUGGCCAGGGUGGUCGAGAUGUUCUCCCGGAGGCUACAGGUUCAGGAGCGGUUGACCCGUCAAAUAGCCGAUGCCAUACAGCAAGCUGUGAAUCCCGCUGGUGUAGGCGUGGUGGUUGAGGCCAGUCACAUGUGUAUGAGUACCCGGGGCGUGCAAAAGAUCCAGAGCAAAACUAUCACCAGCUCUAUGGUCGGGGAGUUCCGGGAAAAUCAUAAAACUCGUGAGGAAUUCCUGGCCCUCAUAAGACCCCAUUCCGGUCGACACUGA